UUUCAAAAUACUAAGAUGAUAAUGUAUGAGGAUAUGAAGAGAAGAAUAGAAAACGUGGUUGAAAAUGGAAAGGUCGCUCAAUAUAUCACCAAUCAGCAAGAGCAUGAGGCCUUUAGCCCAUGGACCAAAACAUUCACUCGUCGAGAUCAUCCAACAGUGAUUCAGGUUUUGCUUGAAAGCGGCAAGGAUAUAGAUGUGUCAGGCCAUUCUAUGCCGAAUCUCGUUUAUGUUUCAAGAGAGAAAAGCAGCACUAGUCCACAUCAUUUUAAAGCUGGAGCCUUGAAUGCCCUGCUUCGAGUAUCAGCCCUUAUGACAAACGCGCCUAUAAUUCUUACCCUAGACUGUGACAUGUUCUCCAACAAUCCCAGGACACCAUACAAUGUGCUCUGUUACUUCUUCGAUAAUUCAAUUAGGCCUAAAUUGGCCUAUAUCCAAUUUCCUCAAUGUUUCUAUGGCCUAAACAAGAAUGACAUCUAUUCAUCUGAGAUGCAACGUUGGUUUCAAAUCAAUCCAAAGGGGAUGGAUGGACUAACAGGCCCUCAUUGCAUGGGCACUGGAAGCUUUUUCAUGCGUAGAGCUCUCUUUGGUGGUCCAUCGGCGAUGCUGCAGCCAGAAAUGCCCCAGUUGAGCCCUGACCAUGUUGUUAGCAACCCCAUCAGGUCUCAGCAUAUUUUAGAGCUGGCUAAGAUUGUGGCAGGUUGCAAUUAUGAGUUCCAAACCAAUUGGGGUGAACAGAUUGGCUUCAGAUAUGGCUCUUUAGUGGAAGAUCUCUACACUGGUUACCGUCUUCAUUGCCAAGGAUGGAAGUCUAUCUUCUGCCAACCCCAAAGGGCAGCAUUUUUGGGUAACAUACCGAUUUCUCUCCUGGAUGCACUGAACCAGGUUAAGCGAUGGACAGUCGGCUUCCUUGAGUUUUCAUUCUCCAAAUACAGUCCAUUAACCUUUGGUAUACAAGCUAUGGGGGGGAUGAGUCUUGAUUAUAUACAGUAUGGUUUCUUACCUCUUUGGUCAGUUUCCAUCACUAUAUAUACAUUUCUUCCUCAGCUAACUCUCCUAAAUGGUAUCUAUAUCUUCCCGAAGGUAACCAGUCCAUGGUUUUUCUUGUAUGCUUUCCUAUUCCUUGGGGCAUAUGCACAAGACUGUUUAGAAUUCCUAUUCAGCCAAGCAACCCUAAGAAGGUGGUGGAGUGAACAGAGGAUAUGGCUCAUUAGAGGACUGACAUGUUAUCUUUUUGGAACUCUUGAGUACCUCAUGCAAAUAUUGGGCAUUGCUACACAUGGAUUCAAUGUGACAAGCAAAGCAGUAGAUGAUGAACAAAGCAAAAGAUACCAUCAAGGGCUCUUUGAAUUUGGGGUUCCCUCACCAAUUUUCUUGCCAUUAGCAACCGCAGCAAUCAUAAAUUUUGCUGCCUUCCUUUAUGGAACAAUGCUAGUUCUCAAGGGAGGAAACACUGAAGAUGUUUUUGUUCAGCUGUUUAUAGCUGGUUUUGGCGUGUUAAAUUGCUUGCCAAUCUACGAAGCCAUGAUUAUCAGAACUGAUAAAGGAAAGAUGCCUACCAAGACUACCAUCACUUCAAUUAUUAUUGCAUGCGGUCUUUAUUUAGCAGCUUUUCUCAUGCUACAGAUAUAAUAUAGUAUGCUUUAUUUUGUCUCUUGUAAACCUAUUCCUUCGUUGGAAAUAAAAGUUAUUGUUGUGUGUAGUCUACAUGAGAUAAGCAAUUCGACAAAAACUGAAAAAGGUUAUACGUCUUAGUUGUACCGUGAGAUUGUGGUUAAGUUAGGGGUGCAAAUGAGUCGAACUCAAUCGAAAACUAAUAAUUUGCGAGUUUGCUUGAUCAAA